AUGCCGUACAUUACUAUUCUUCAGAUCCUCCUGCUUAUCAGUCAAUUUGCAGUCGCCCGGACGAGACGACGGGUCUUGCGUUUACUACAGAAUUCCGAAAUUGGACGGAUUUUCCGCUUUGCCCCAGACGACGACGAGGAUGAAGAUUUAGAUUGGAAUCCCAGAUGGGCUCGGAGACGACAAAAGCCAGACCCAAAUCGAUUUCCCAAAGUCCCGAGUGAUGCCGGCACAGAACUCAUGAACUCCGGCUUAUUUGGUGCGAAUCCAGCACAAGUCGUCACCUCUAGGGACAAGAUGUCGUUGGGAAAGAAGAAGAAACUGGCAUGGAGAAUCAUGGAAAGAGAACUGGCAGUGGGAAAUUCUGCGACGGAGAAGCUGAACAAUAGGGUUUUAGCUCAGGGAAUGAUACCUUCCACCCAAGCCGAUAUGAUCAUCCACUAUGACGAGCCGGUGUACUCAGGCCAAUUUUCUGAUGACGGAAACUUCUUCUUUUCUGCUAACAAGGACUACCAUGUCCGGAUGUACGAUACUUCGAACCCCUACAAGUGGCGAUAUUACAAAACUGUCGAAUAUCCUUUCGGUCAAUGGACCCUCACGGAUGCUACCCUGAGCCCGGACAAUAAAUAUCUAGCAUACACUUCCAUCACAAGCCAAGUAUGCCUGGCACCAACCGAUCCAAACGAUAUGGGAGAUCCAUAUACUCUGGAGUUAGCAGAUAUGGGUAAUGGUCGGCCCACUCUUACUCAGCGAAUGCGGUUCAGAGGACCUUUUAAUAUCUGGUCAAUCCGGUACUCCGGAGAUGGCCAGAGAUUGGUUGCUGGCACUUCGGGCGGAUCCAUCGUUGUCUAUGACAUUGAAUCCCGGCGUUCCCUGCAUCGAAUACUCGGCCAUGACGAGGACGUUAAUGCAGUUUGCUUCGCUGACUCUUCUUCGCCGCACAUCCUAUAUUCUGGUUCUGAUGACACGACCUUAAAAGUUUGGGAUACUAGGAGUCUUGGAGACAGUCGUGCGGCAGGAGCCUUUGUUGGUCAUAUUGAAGGACUCACCUAUAUUGACAGCAAGGGUGAUGGCCGAUAUAUCCUGAGUAAUGGGAAAGACCAAAGCAUGAAGCUUUGGGAUCUCCGAAUGGUCAUGCAGUCCGGUGACUUUGAGAGAAUCAAGCCUCAGAGAAGAGCAACAAGGGAACAUCACUUCGACUAUCGCUGGGGCACGUACGAUGAGGACGAUUGGUAUCAAGAUCCUCAUGAUAAUUCUCUGGUUACUUUCCGAGGCCACAAGGUGCUACGAACCCUAAUCAGAUGCCAUUUCUCCCCUCCAGGAAGCACGAACUCAAGAUACGUAUACUCAGGAAGUGAGGACGGGAAGGUAUUCAUCUGGAACAUGGAUGCCACACCCGCUGGAGUCAUCGACGUCUUCGAAGCAACGAAAAACUCCCGACCAUUUCCUGCCUCGAACAUGGAUAUGGGCUGGGACAACACUACUCCCACACAAUGGAGAACGUGCGUCAGAGACGCAAGCUGGCAUCCCAGCGCACCUAUGAUCGUAGCAUCCGCAUGGAGCGGCUACGGCAUGUCAACAGGAACAUGCACAACUCAUUCUUGGAAUGACGGAGCGAAGGAUGAUGAUGCGGAGCCGAAGAUGGGAGCGAGGGUUAACGAGAAGCUGGAGCAUGAUCCCGAGUUCUACGCCCGGUCGUCCAAUCGAUACAUGAGAUCAAGGAUGAGAUACAGAUAG